UCUUCUUCUUCUUCUUCCUCCUUCAUCUAGAGAGAGAAAGUUAACAGAGAAAUCCAGAGAGAGAUGGGAAAUUGCCAGGCUGUUGAUGCUGCAGCACUAGUGAUACAACAUCCAAGUGGGAGGUUAGAGAGGAUGUAUUGGUCGAUAAGCGCUAGCGAGGUGAUGAAAAUGAACCCAGGUCACUACGUAUCUCUAAUUAUUCCAUUGCCUAACUCAGGUGAAGAAAAUACAGAUGACAGGACUGUACGAUUCACUCGUGUUAAGCUUCUUCGGCCUAGUGACACUCUUGUUCUUGGUCGGGCUUACAGACUCGUCACAUCCCAAGAGGUUAUGAAGGUGUUGCGAGCGAAGAAGUAUGCGAAGAUGAAGAAGAGCCUUUCAGAAUCAGAUGACAAGUCGGAGACAGGUCGAGAGAAGCAGAGUUCAAGUUGUGAGGCAGAAGACAAAAAGCCCGAAUUGGAGAAAACCAGCCAGGCAAUGAGUCAUGAAAGACAUCGGCAGAGGCCAGGAUCCACAAAUAUUGCUGCAGCAAGGCCAAAAACAUGGCGCCCUUCCUUACAAAGCAUCUCUGAGGGUGUAAGCUAAUGGCCGUUCUGGUCGUAAUUUCCAUUUGCAGAUGCUUUUCAUAAAUGAACCUUUUAAACCUGGGAACAUAAAAAUGGUAAAUCCAUGAAAGUUGCUAUCGAGAUUUCAGUGCCAUUGUCACUCACAGUUCUAGUGUUUAAACCACUGUUAGUAGUAAUACCGCUCUGUAUAGCAUAAGAAAGCAAUGAAUUUGACAUUUUUCUCAUUA